UGGGAGCGUGGUCACCGCCGCCGGGACCUCUCGAGAAGCGAGGACUUCGUGUGGGAGCAACGCAGGAAUCUGUCUCUCCUUUUGAGCCCCUCAUUUACAGAUCGGGAAACUGAGGCAUCCGACGGCCCGGUUUCCCCCUUUCCAGGGUGAGAAUGCUUUUACACAGCAACCUGGAGUUCUUUAGUUGAAAGGUGCGCUCUGUUGAAGCAAGGAAACUGAUAUUUGUGCCUUUCCACCAUCAUCUUGGUUUAAUGACUUUAUUGUAAUACAAUUAAAUUCUCCUCUACUCAGGAUCCUGGCCCAUCAACAAGCUUAGGCAUUUUGAUUUGCUGUCUUUUUACAGCAUGGACACCAAAUUGCUAAAAACAUGCUUUGGGACUGCCAAUGAAUUUAUCUUUUGUGGUUUUACUACACACUUAGUAAUUCCCUUUUUUUUGAGUUAAUAUUUUGGAGUUAAUAUCACAAUGAGUUCGGGCUUAUGGAGCCAAGAAAAAGUUACUUCACCCUACUGGGAAGAGCGGAUUUUUUAUUUGCUUCUUCAAGAAUGCAGUGUUACAGACAAACAAACACAAAAACUCCUUAAAGUACCAAAGGGAAGUAUAGGACAGUAUAUCCAAGACCGUUCUGUGGGGCUUUCGAGGAUUCCUUCUGCCAAAGGCAAGAAAAAUCAGAUUGGAUUAAAAAUUCUAGAGCAACCACAUGCAGUUCUGUUUGUUGAUGAAAAGGAUGUUGUAGAAAUAAAUGAGAAAUUCACAGAGUUACUUUUGGCAAUUACCAAUUGUGAAGAGAGGUUCAGCUUGUUUAAAAACAGAAACAGACUAAGUAAAGGCCUCCAAAUAGAUGUGGGCUGCCCUGUGAAAGUCCAGCUGAGAUCUGGGGAAGAAAAAUUUCCUGGAGUUGUGCGCUUCAGAGGACCUUUAUUAGCAGAGAGGACAGUAUCGGGAAUAUUCUUUGGAGUAGAAUUACUGGAAGAAGGUCGUGGCCAAGGUUUCACUGAUGGGGUAUAUCAAGGGAAGCAGCUUUUUCAGUGUGAUGAAGAUUGUGGAGUAUUUGUUGCGUUGGACAAGCUAGAACUGAUAGAAGAUGAUGACACUGGAUUGGAAAGUGAUUAUGCAGGUCCAGUGGAUACAAUGCAAGUUGAACUACCCCCCCUGGAAAUAAACUCCAGAGUUUCUUUGAAGCUUGGAGAAACUAUAGAAUCUGGAACGGUUAUAUUCUGUGAUGUUUUGCCAGGCAAAGAAAGCUUAGGAUAUUUUGUUGGUGUGGACAUGGAUAAUCCUAUUGGCAACUGGGAUGGAAGAUUUGAUGGAGUGCAGCUUUGUAGUUUUGCAAGUGUUGAAAGUACAAUUCUCUUGCAUAUCAAUGACAUCAUCCCAGAGAGCGUGACACAGGAAAGGAGGCCUCCCAAACUUGCAUUUAUGUCAAGAGGUGUUGGGGACAAAGGUUCAUUCAGUCAUAAUAAACCAAAGGCUACAGGAUCUACCUCAGACCCUGGAACUAGAAACAGAUCUGAAUUAUUUUAUACCUUAAAUGGGUCUUCUGUUGACUCACAACCACAAUCCAAAUCAAAAAAUUCAUGGUACAUUGAUGAAGUUGCUGAAGACCCUGCAAAAUCGCUUACAGAGAUUCCUCCAGACUUUGGACACGCUUCACCACCACUGCAACCUCCUUCCAUGAACUCACUCUCCAGCGAGAACAGAUUUCAUUCUUUACCGUUUAGUCUGACAAAGAUGCCCAACACCAAUGGAAGUAUUAGCCACAGUCCACUCUCUCUGUCAGUUCAAUCUGUGAUGGGCGAGCUGAACAAUGCCCCUGUGCAGGAGAGUCCACCCUUGGCCGUAUCUUCUGGUAACUCACAUGGCCUGGAAGUGGGCUCGUUGGCUGAGGUCAAGGAGAAUCCUCCUUUCUAUGGGGUAAUCCGCUGGAUUGGUCAGCCACCAGGCCUCAAUGAAGUACUAGCUGGACUGGAACUGGAAGAUGAAUGUGCGGGUUGUACAGAUGGAACAUUCAGGGGCACUCGCUAUUUCACCUGUGCCCUUAAGAAGGCGCUGUUUGUUAAACUGAAAAGCUGCAGACCCGACUCGAGGUUUGCGUCCCUGCAGCCAGUUUCCAAUCAGAUCGAACGCUGUAAUUCUUUAGCAUUUGGAGGGUACUUAAGUGAGGUAGUAGAAGAAAAUACUCCACCAAAAAUGGAAAAAGAAGGUUUAGAGAUAAUGAUUGGAAAGAAGAAAGGUAUCCAGGGUCAUUACAAUUCUUGUUACUUAGACUCCACCUUAUUCUGCUUAUUUGCUUUCAGUUCCGUUCUGGAUACUGUGUUACUUAGACCUAAAGAAAAGAAUGACGUAGAAUACUAUAGUGAAACUCAAGAACUCCUGAGGACAGAAAUCGUUAAUCCUCUGAGAAUAUAUGGAUAUGUAUGUGCAACAAAGAUUAUGAAACUGAGGAAGAUACUUGAAAAAGUUGAGGCUGCAUCAGGAUUUACCUCUGAAGAAAAAGAUCCUGAAGAAUUCCUGAAUAUCCUGUUUCAUCAUAUUUUAAGAGUAGAACCACUGUUAAAAAUCAGAUCAGCAGGUCAAAAAGUACAAGAUUGUUACUUCUAUCAAAUUUUUAUGGAAAAAAAUGAGAAAGUUGGAGUUCCUACAAUUCAGCAGUUAUUAGAAUGGUCUUUUAUCAACAGUAACCUGAAAUUUGCUGAGGCACCAUCAUGUCUGAUUAUUCAGAUGCCUCGAUUUGGAAAAGACUUUAAACUAUUUAAAAAAAUUUUUCCUUCUCUGGAACUAAAUAUAACAGAUUUACUUGAAGACACCCCCAGGCAGUGCCGGAUAUGUGGAGGGCUUGCGAUGUAUGAGUGUAGAGAAUGCUAUGAUGACCCUGACAUCUCAGCUGGCAAAAUCAAGCAGUUUUGUAAAACCUGCAAUGCUCAAGUCCACCUUCAUCCCAAGAGGCUGAAUCAUAAAUACAACCCAGUGUCACUUCCCAAAGAUCUGCCUGACUGGGACUGGAGACACGGCUGCAUCCCCUGCCAGAAGAUGGAGUUAUUUGCUGUCCUCUGCAUAGAAACAAGCCACUAUGUCGCUUUUGUGAAGUACGGGAAAGACGACUCUGCCUGGCUAUUCUUCGACAGCAUGGCUGAUCGGGAUGGUGGUCAGAAUGGCUUCAACAUUCCUCAAGUUACCCCAUGCCCAGAAGUAGGAGAGUACUUGAAAAUGUCUCUCGAUGAUCUGCAUUCCUUGGACUCCAGAAGAAUCCAAGGCUGUGCACGAAGACUUCUCUGUGAUGCAUAUAUGUGCAUGUACCAGAGUCCAACCAUGAGUCUGUACAAAUAAACAGGGUCAUCUGGACGGGUGCAGAAAUCAGACACACAGUUUUCACGUUGCAUCUCACUUGAGCUGGCAGUUCUGUUCAGCGUCCAUUGCCGGCAAUGGAUGUCUUUGUGGUGAUGAUCCUUCAACGCAGGAUUCCUGCGUUUAAAAAUAAAUUGCUUUUGUGUUACUGAAGUAUUUAAUAAGCAUUUUGCACUCUAGAAAGUAUGUUUGUGUUGGUUUUUUAAGAAGUCUAAAUGAAGUUAUUAAUACCUGAAGCUUUAAGUUAAGUGCAUUGAUCAUAAGAUAUUUUUGGAAGCAUAAAAUUUUAAUUGUGACAGUUUAAAACCUCUUUUAGUCCAUUGAGAAUGUAAAUAAAUGUGUCUUCUUUAUGGACCAAGAUUAUGAAAUCAUUUUUCCUUUGUAGCUAAUUGUUGCCUUGAGGAGGAUAUACUUUGGUUUUAUUGAGUCUACUUUCAAUCCAGUGAUUAAAGUUGUUUUGAGUUUGAUUUGUUAAUUCUUCCCUUUCUAGUGCCGAUUCCUGCAUGUCUGCAAUCUGAGUUUCUGUGUUUCUGUGGUAGUGGUCACAAAAGUAUUUAAAUUUCCUCAAUGGUGUUUUC